CUCGCCGAGAUCCUCGUGCUCGUGGGCGGCUGCGACCAGGACUGCGACGAGUUGGUCACCGUCGACUGCUACAACCCGCAGACGGGCCAGUGGCGCUACCUGGCCGAGUUCCCAGACCACCUGGGCGGGGGCUACAGCAUCGUGGCGCUUGGCAACGACAUCUACGUGACGGGUGGGUCCGAUGGCUCCAGGCUGUACGACUGCGUGUGGAGGUACAACUCGAGCGUGAAUGAGUGGACGGAGGUGGCGCCCAUGCUCAAGGCCCGCGAGUACCACAGCUCCUCCGUGCUGGACGGGCUGCUGUACGUGGUGGCCGCGGACAGCACGGAGCGCUACGACCACACCACCGACUCCUGGGAGGCCCUGCAGCCCAUGACGUACCCCAUGGACAACUGCUCCACCACGGCCUGCCGCGGCCGGCUCUACGCCAUCGGCUCGCUGGCCGGCAAGGACACCAUGGUGAUGCAGUGCUACGACCCAGACACGGACCUGUGGUCACUGGUGGCCUGUGGCCAGCUUCCGCCCUGGUCGUUUGCCCCCAAGACAGUGACUCUGAACGGACUCAUGUAUUUCAUCAGGGACGACUCCGCCGAGGUGGAUGUGUAUAACCCCACGAAGAACGAAUGGGACAAGAUCCCAUCUAUGAAUCAGGUGCACGUGGGAGGCAGCCUGGCCGUCCUCGGAGGGAAGCUGUACGUCUCGGGCGGGUAUGACAACACGUUUGAACUCUCGGAUGUGGUAGAAGCCUAUGACCCUGAGACUCGGGCCUGGAGCGUGGUGGGGCGGCUCCCGGAGCCCACCUUCUGGCACGGCAGCGUCAGCAUCUUCCGCCAGUUCAUGCCCCAGACACCCUUGGGUGGACGUGGCUUUGAGCUAGACAGCACCAGCGACAUGGAUGUGGGCCAGCCCCAGCGGCCACCGGAGCGCCCCCAGGAGCUGCACUAGCCCCGGCCUGGCCCAGGGAGGGCCUCGAUGCAGUAACCCAGCACCUCGGGGGCGGCGACCCCCUCCUUCGUGCCUGAGGACAGGUGGGGCUCACCAGGCGGAACCUGGCUCUUGGGCUGCCGAGCAAGCCUCAGGGUCCGACACCGGGACCCACUGCAUCUAGACCCGAGUCACAGCUGCGGCGCCAGUUGUGAACGGCCCUCCCUGGGCCCAGGAAGAGCUGCCUCCUCACCGACGGAUGUCUGGCUCCCACAGGCCACCACCCCUGCGCCCCCCCCCUCCCCACUGUCACCCCCUUGCACCCACCUCCGGGGGAGGAGAGCCUCCGGGGCAUGAGUGGAGGGGGUCAGAGUGGCUGAGGCUGCCUUCCUGCAGGCCGCACUGGGGAUCAGGCAGGCGAUGGCUGCAUCCCGGGGCGCCAUCUCCCGGAUGAAGGGGGUCACGCACAGAAACAUCCCCACGGGAUGGGCCUCCAGCAGCUGAGCUCAGACCAGGGGCGCAGGGCGGUGGGACUGGUGUGGCCUGGGAGCAGCCUGGGCCUGCUGAGCGUGUCUCCGUGCGUCUGGGCUGAGCCUGAUGUUGGCGUCGCUGCCCACCCACCCCACCAGCUGGCAUGUCCUCCUCUGCCCUCCGCCCUGGCUCAGAGGCCUCUCCAGGUUCGACCCAAUGCAAGAGGGUAGAAGCCUGCAGGUGCAAGGGCGGGCUCCUUCCGGGAGGCGCUGGGAGCCGGUCUUCGAAGCCCAGCCAGGCGGACAGUGCCCUCGCCUGUGGUCCGGAAUCCUGCCUCGGAAGCAGCCCCAGGCAGUGUGGCUUCGUGGUUGCUUGCAAGGUUUGAAAGGCAGUUUGGCCCUAAGAGGCAGUGGGAGCCAGGGCUAGUGAUUUGUGAUCUGUCCACAGGCCUCUGCAGGGUGGCUUGGGGGUGGGAUCCAGGAGGUCGGAGCCCCCGGGCUCGGCAUGUCCCUCUGGUAGAGCAUUUUCGUGGAUUGCGUGGGCUUGUCCCUCCGGCCCCCGGCGCAGCUUUGCUGGAGUUGGUCUCCUGUCCAGUGAGGAAGGUAUUUGCGUUUUCUCAUGCGAUAAAUUGAAAUGUUUGCUGAGCGGCCAUUUCCGUAUGUUCUCACCGGAUGAAGGGGUUAGCGUCACUUCACAAAUGCCACUGCAGACCCUUUCGUUGGCCGGUGGCACCGGUUCUGGGAGGAAGCCUGUGGCCUCCAGGGCCGCUGGCUGGGCCCUGCUGUGUGUGGUCAUCGCGGUGGGUUAGAUCUCGUGUUCCAGACACCUGCUGGGCGGCCACAGCUCACAGCCAGCCCUUGCCAUCCCCAUGGGCCGUCCCCACUGUGAGUCAGGCACUGUGGGAGGGCAUGUCGGGGUCUGGGCAUCAGAACGAGCCUUCAGACGUGUGCUCCCUGCCCUGGGGGCCCCCCGGCACAGGGUUCAGGCUGGGAAGCCCCCACCACUUGCAGAUGAAUGUACACUGACUUGGGGACCGGGGUGGGACUGUGGGGUGCACACCCUUGUAUCAAUCUCCAAGAUGCAUUAAGUUAUGGGAGCUCGGGGGUGGCAUUGAAUGCCGACCUGACUACUCUUAUUUAUGACUCUAGUCACCCUCCCGUCGGCACCCAGGGCCAGCCCCAGAGGGCGGGUGGGUGUGCGUAUUUAUUGUCUGUUCUGGAGGCAAAUGUCACAUCCAGAAUGCUGCAGUUUUAGGGCGCCUUCAAUACUUUUUGAAAUAAAAAUGUUUCCUAUACA